CAUCUGCUGCUUCUAUCGCUUUGCUCAUUUAGAGAAACGGGUAAUACGUGCCAGAAAUAUCCUUCUCCUCGACCUCUCCGAGAGGAAAUCCGGCCUUUUGAAGCACAUGUCGGUCACUAAAUCGCAUGAACUGGACGUGAUUAGAUCCACUGAAUUAUAUUUUGCUCAGGGCUCUGAUCACCCUGGACCUGCUCACCGAGACACACUCAAACGGAGGUGAAGAAACGGGCUAUCGAUAAAUCACCCUUAACAUACUGGCAGGAAUCAUGGGGAGUGUGUUCCUGCCAGCAAAUUCAGCCCACUCCGUGCUGAGGCGGCUGCGUAGGGCCAACUCUCUCUUGGAGGAGAUGAAGCUGGGGAACAUUCAACGGGAAUGCCGCGAGGAGGUCUGCACCUACGAGGAGGCCAGAGAAGCUUUCGAGAACGACGAGAAGACGAAGCGAUUCUGGGAGGAAUACGUCCGGGAAAGCAGUCCACCUGGUGGGUUGGACUCUAUGGUUGGCGGGGUCAAGUCUCUCUACCUGAUUGUGCCACUGCUGCUGGUUGGGCUCGCCGUCGUCGCCGUCGCCAUCACUGCGUGGCGCUGCCACUCCCGCAAGCGCUCGCAGCGCAGCCCAGGCCUGGGGCACCCGCAUCACAACCAUGUCCUGUCUGUAGUCUCCAUGGACCAGUGGGGGAGGGAUUAUCAUCAUGGUGACCAAUCAGAACUCAGCAUCCACAGUAGCCCGGCCUAUCCAGGUUCCGAGAUCACAUCAGGGAGAGGAAGCGCGGGAGAUCCGCCGCCGUCUUAUGAAGAGGCCAUAGGCCGCACAGAUGUCCAGAUAGAGACAGAGCCGCCUCCUCAGUAUGAUGACAUAGUCAACAGCAGCUCCGGCAGAAUCAGCAGUGGUCAAAGGAAGUAGGAAGUAAAAACAUCUCAAACUAAAGCCCUAACCUACACGAAGACCAUGUUAUUGUUUAGCAGUGCUUCUACUGUGGUAUCACCAGCCUUCAACAUUUAACACAGCAAGCACACACACAUUUCAUUGGACUGAUGCAAACUCUGCUGGUGCCAGUUCUGUUGAAAUUUGCACUAACCUUUUAAUCAUUGAGGUGAAGUGAUGCAUAAGAGAUCUAGUGAUACUGUAAUACCAAAACCAAACAACUUCUCGUUUGAAGGAAUAAAGGGUUCCUGUUGCUAUAAUUAAGAUCUGUGUGUUUCAGGGUUGGAUUGAUGCUUCUUGGAGGAUCAGUGCCAAACUAAUGAGACAUAUGUAGGUAAAAUUACAUAAUUUUGACUUUUUCUUUACAUGCUUUUAUGUCAAAAUACAUAAAGGACCAUAUAAAUUUCUUUGCACCCUAGGUAGUGUUGGACUCGAGAUUGGUGUUGGACUUGUUUGGUCUUGAAUUGGUCUCGGGUUACGUGGUCUUGACUAGAACACUAACUCCUGGUAAAGAUGUGCAAAAAGCCUUAAUAUAUAUCUUUUAUCGCGACCCACUAUGGAAGAAGUGGUAGAAAAUGACUGACUGACUGACUAUCUUUCAAUGCAAUGCUAUAAUCUCACAAUGAAUAUUAGAGAAAAUUUGAACCUUUGUUUUAAUCAGUGCAAAAAAACCUGUUGAGAUAUAUAUUUUUUUAAGUAAAGCCACCAAAGAAACAAUUAUUGGUAAUUUUGUACCAAAUCACAAACAAGACGUAAGACAAGUAAAAAGACAAUUCGAAAACACAGAGGAAUUACAUAAAUGCAAGUUUUAACGGAUAGGUUUUAAGCUGUUUUUUAAAACAAUCUAAAGAUCUCAGGCUUAGGGACAGAAAGUCUGGGGACAACAGCAGCAAAAGCUUUGUCUCCUUUAGUCGUUAAGCUGGUAUGUUGGGCAUCUAGCAGCUAGCCAUGAUCACAGCGCCUCAGGGACCUAAUGUAAUAAUGCAAGCUGGUGCUUGUCCAUGCAAUGUUCUUAAACUGAAAACAAGGAUCUUGAAAGUGAACUUGGAAAUUAAUGGACAGCCAGUGUAACUGCAAAACCUGUUGAGUGAGGUGUGUAUUUAAUGAACUUAGUCAAUAGGGUAAUAAUCUUCCAUCACAUUUACCAAGGUUGGCACACAGAGAGAGAGAGAUCUUUGAAACAGGCCCACAGGUUCACAGAUCUUCUACCGUUCUUAACAGUAGACCUGAGUUGUUUUUCCACACACUCACACGUUUGCUUUACAGGAAACCUACCUUGAAUGUCUGUUGCUGAAAAAUCUAAAUCUCAGUCUUAUCUGAUCUAAGCUAGCAGUUAAAGUCGCAGCAAGAAGCAAUGCACAUACAUUUUCUUUUGUGGUGGUGGGACAGGAAAGUCCUAGGUGCUUAAGAAGAACGCAACUGGACUUCUUGUUUCUUUCUUAAGAAACAAGAAGUCCAGUUGCACCUAGGGUUGUAAUGUCCUUGAUGAAUGAGAAUCUACAUCUGCAUGUAGGACAGGAAAGGCUUUUUCUAGGCAUUGUUUCUAAUAAUUGUUGUUGAAUUAAUAACUAAGCUGUUUCUUGUUGCUGCAGCUCUGUAACAGUAAACAUUCAAAGGAAGAUAAAUAUGGGUCCCCAUAAAGCCUAGCUGCAGGUUGUAAAAAGAAAUAGGCCUCUGUGUCAAACCAUGUUUAUACUCCAGGGGAUUACCAACUAGAGCCUCCUAGAAACUAAAAAAUAAACAAAUACUUCCUACAUUUCUUUAAUGGGUAUCAAUAUGAGCAAACUAAAUUUCUUAACAGGGGAUUUCCUCCUACUAAAGAAGUAUAGUCAAAUUAGAGAUUGGAUUCAAACCUUUCAGUGUGACAUUAUGCUCCUGCAAUAAUAUAGUCUAAAUCUCAAAAUGAUUUUAUGGCUUUUUACACAGCUUUGCCAGCGGUGCCAAGAUGUGUAUGGAUGUGUUUUUCUCUUUCAUUCAGUUUCCAGGCUGUUGAAAUGUGACGUUACAGUGAGGAAAAUAAGUAUUUGAACACCCUGCGACUUUGCAAGUUCUCCCAAUCAUGGAGGGGUCUGAAAUUUUCAUCUGAGAUGCAUGUGAGAGACAUAAUCUAAAUAAAAUUCGGACAUCACAAUGUAUAAUUUAUUUGUGUGUCACUGCUGCACAUAAGUAUUUGAACACCUGCCAAUCAGCAAAAAUUCUGGCCCUCAAAGACCUGUUAGUCCGCCUCUAAAAAGUCCACGUCUACUCCACUUAUUCUAAAUUAGAAGCACCUGUUGGAGGUCGUUAGCUGCAUAAAGACACCUGUCCACCCCACACUAUCAGUAAGACUCUAACUACUAACAUGGCUAAGACCAAAGAGCUGUCCAAAAACACCAGAGACAAAUUUGUAGACCUCCACAAGGCUGGAAAGGGCUAUGGAGCAAUUGCCAAGCAGCUUGGUGAAAAAAGCAUGUAUUGUGUGAUUUUGGGGAACAACCUCCUUCCUUCAGUUAGAGCAUUGAAGAUGGGUCGUGGCUGGGUCUUCCAACAUGACAAUGACACGAAGCACACAGCCAGGAUAACCAAGGAGUGGCUCCGUAAGAAGCAUAUCAAGGUUCUGGAGUGGCCUAGCCAGACCUAAACCCUAAAGAAAAUCUUUGGAGGGAGCUCAAACUCCGUCUUUCUCAGCAACAGCCCAGAAACCUGGCUGAUCUGGAGAAGAUCUCUGUCGAGGAAUGGGCCAAAAUCCCUGCUGCAGUUUGUUCAAACCUGGUGAGAAACUACACGAAACGUUUGACCUCUGUAAUUACAAACAAAGGCUACUGUACCAAAUAUUAACAUUGACUUUCAUAGGUGUUCAAAUACUUAUUUGCAGCAGUAACACACAAAUAAAUUAUUAUAAAAUCAUACAUUGUGAUUUCUGGAUUUUAUUUAGAUUGUCUCUCACAGUGGACAUGCAUCUAAGAUGAAACUUUCAGACUCCUCCAUGAUUUCUAAGUGGGAGAACUUGCAAAGUCGCAGGGUGUUCAAAUACGUAUUUUCCUCACUGUAUUUAUCCAAGGGAAAGAAAAGCUAUUAUGUAAAAGUCAGAACAUUUUCCACAUAUUAACUAUAGAAACUCUUGUGAUCAUAGAAACAUGGCUUUUCUGCCUGUGUUGACUGUAAAUAAAAGGUUGCCAGUCACCUUUUGUAUCAGAUAAUUAUAGACCCAGCCACACUUCAAAGUACUUGAAACAAUUAAAGCUGUGUAAACCAAGAACUAAAAUCCCCCCACCACUCUACUACAUUAAUAACAGCACUCUUUCUCUAAACAAAUCAAGUAGUUUAUUUUCCCAGGAAAUGCAUUAAUCCAACCUUUUAUAUGCUUCAUACUUUAAAGACUGGGGUAUCAGUUAUGUAAAAAGGAAGCCGAGAGUGGGAAUCACAUAUAAUUAUCUUGGUAAUGCAUGAACUUGGCUCUUUCGGGUCAGAACCAUCUCUGUCGACUCACGAACCCACAUGAACUUGUGGGUUUCUGCUGACAGGCGGGACUAUGGGUUAAAAAAAGAAGAUUCUAGAGCUGUAGGAAAAUUAAAUAUAAGAAAUGAAUUUGUAUUAAAUGUCACUAUAAUUAAACUCCAUGUUUAGCAUGUGUGAAAUACCUCUACAUACUUUAUAUGUGUAUAGAAUAUGUGUGAAAGUUAAUUAAGGUUGAUUUUUACUGCAUAGUAAUUCAUUAAAUGCAUUCGUACUAAUGUGAUUGUACUAUAGUGGGUUAUGUGGAAAACAAGAAACUGUGUCUGUAUUUAAAAGGAAGUGUUUAAUGAGAAGUAGGAAAGUCCAGUUGAAGAUCCCAUGCUUCACUUUCAGCAUUCAGCAAGCCGAUGUUAUUCUAGGUGCUUCUGAUCGAUAUGCAAUAUUCCCUACAUGAAAACCAAAUGUACCCAAUCAAACCCUCGUUGGCACCGAUAAAUGUCACUGAUCUUUUCACACGGCACAAACCUUAAGCACUGAAUAUUGUCGUACAUGUACGUGAGUUAACCUGUAAAACCGCAGCAUUUGCUAUGACACUGGACUGUGCUGGUAGUCACUUUAGUUACAUGAUUUAUUGUACCAGUACUUCCACAGAGCCCUGUUUUAUUGUUUUUUUUUUACAAUGCCUUAUUAACAAAAUAUUAUAUACAAUUAAACACAAGGGGACUUGUUAUAAAAUCUUGUCUUGUGAAAAGCUUGAUAUUAAUUUUUAAUAAAGAUU